AGUGAAGUCUAUCCCCUCUAUAGAUAUGGAAAAAGAAAGUAUGUAUGUUCAGGUAAUACAAGCCAAAGGUUCCUCACAUCCAUAAUCCAUGCUGAAUUUAAAAUGGAUACUUUGAAUCUUGCUACUCAGAUUACAGGAAUCUUGUAAGGUUUGCCAUGGACGUUUUGCUUAUUGAUGUCUUACAAAACUGAAAGGAGAUGGGUUCCAGAUAUCAGCAGGUGACGACUCUUCACAUCAUUAUUUUCCUACAGAUAAUUCAUUUGGUCACAGGCCAGUAUAAAAUUAUUCCUCCUGACAAGCCUGUCACUGGAAUCAUUGGAAAAGGAGUCACCCUGCCCUGUCAACUGAAAGUUAAGAUAAUCCCUGAGAGACUUUCUGUUCAGUGGAUGUUUUCUGGAAACUCCAAAAGAAUUGAUGUGGCCACUUAUGAUGGAAAAAACACAUACAAUCCAGUUUACGAGGAUGAGACCUACUGGGGCAGGACCAAUUUUUUUCAGUCUGAAUUUAAUAAGGGAAACGUGUCUCUUCACCUGAAAAAUGUCACGCUCUCGGAUAAAGGGAAAUACACCUGCAGUGUCUUUUUUGAGAAUUGGUAUGAUGAAGUGGUGGUUGACCUGAAUGUGGCAGCUAAAGGCGAUGAGUCUUCCAUUUUCCUGGAUGGUCAUGUGGGUCAGAGCAUUGGCCUCACCUGCAAAUCACAAGGAUGGUUUCCAGCACCUGAAGUAGUUUGGCUGGACAGCAAAGGACAGACACGGAAGGAGGAAGUGACCACCCAAAGAAUAAAAACUUCUUCAGGCAUUUUUGAUGUUGUAAGUUCCAUGAAUCUCGAACCAGGAUCUGACAAGGAAGUCUCCUGCAGAGUAGUCAAUAACCUACUCAAUGCAAUGUCUGAAUCCCGAGUCCUGAUUUCAGAUGUCUUCUUCCCUUCCACUUCACCUUGGAUGACGGCCUUCCUUGUAAUUUUAUUUCUUAAUAUAGCUGUUUUUGCAGCUACAGGUUAUAAACUAAACAGAAUAGCUGAUAGCAGAAAUCACCUUGAGCUUCUCAAAGCUGAGCUGGAUUUCUGGGAAGCCCACAGCCACACAGUUCCCAUUACUGUGAAAUCUGACUGCCGAGUCCUGGAGCUCCAUCUGCCAGGGGUUCCAGGUGUGGAGAGCAACACGUCUGAACCUGCUGGCACGAACACUCCCUGCACAGUCCCUGUCCUGGUGGGGAAGGAAGGGUUUGCAGCUGGGAAACACUACUGGGAGGUGGAGGUGGGCCAGGAGCAGGACUGGGUGCUGGGGGUGGUGAGGGAGAAAGGGAGACAGGAAGGGAUGCGUCCCGGGGAGGACUACUGGGCUCUGCACAGGUCCCAGGGACAGAUUUUCUGUAGCACCGGAGACCACAAGAUUGAGAAGCAGCAGAUGAGUUAUUCAGUGAUUGGUGUGCUUCUGGACUUGGACAGAGAGCGAGUGAAAUUUUAUGAAGCAGAGCAGAUACGCAUCAUAGUGAGAAUGCCUCUAAGGCUUGGAACGGAACCUGCAGAAAAGUUUUACCCAUUUCUAUCCAAAACGGAAGGGACAGGCACACCUCGUAUCCACCCGGUCUCAAUCCCAGUCCCUUUGGAGACACUGUAAAGGGAAACUUUGAAUCAAAUGGGUUGUAGAAUCAAAGUUCUUUGCCAAGAGGUCACGGUGAGAGGAGGAGAGUCUAGAAUGGCUUAGGACGUCAGCAAUUAUAAAAUAAAGGCAGUAGGACUGGGUAUCAAAGCAGGAAAACCUGAAAAAAAGGGGAGAAGUAAUGAACGAACAUUACAGUGUCUCAAAAUAGAAAAAAAAAGUACUUUGAAGGAAAAGAACUUUUUAAUAUUAUUUGUUCUCAACUAAGAGAACAGAGAAAGCCUCUAAUGAUUGCUUUUUGUUGCAAAAUAUUCUCCAAGCUGUAUGUGAAUUCCAAGGCAUGUAUAAACCAUUACAAAAAAAAUGCCCUCUUAUAAGUAAGACCAGGACAAACAGAAAAUUUCAUUAAUUUUUCUUUCUACGUGAUCCAAGAAGAAUGGUUAUGAAGAAAAUCAGUGCCCAAAGCAAAAAAGGAAUAUCAGAAGCAUUUGAUUAUUUAAGUAAUCCAUUCAAAUCGUCACGAUUAUUAGGGAAUCUAGUCUUCACCCUUGUAGAGGCUUGGAUGCAUUCUCUGCUGUCUCUUUGAUUAAAACAUGGUUGGGUGACAAGGAUAUUUUUUUCCCCGUUGAAUGUAUUUUUUACUCCCUAUUAAUGCAACCUUGAGCACUUGUGACAACUGAAUGGAGACAGCAUUCCCCUGGUCCAGUAGGUGACUCCCCAGGGAAAGACUAUCAGUUCUGACUGGUGGAGUUAAAAAAGGAGUUAUGGCUCCCCUCUCUAAACUGUUAGAUUUCUGUGUUUCUCUUUACAUUUAAACACCGAUUCAAAAGUGUGUUCUGUUUCUGAGGGCCUGAAAGUGUAAUAUAACUUUCCAAGAGAAGGUUAAAAUAAAGGGUUUUUUGGACUGCUAUCCACCUUGAAUUUGAACCUGAUGCCUUUUGCUGCCAGUAAUUCUUGGCAGAAAUAACACUCAAAACCAAUUCUAAGUGAAACCUACAGCGCUUUACGAGUUUCUUAU